AUGACUUCAAAUCAUGAAUCUGAAAUUUUUAAUCAAGAAAUUGAUAAUGGAGAUGUCCAGCAACAAAAUUCAAAUGAAAUGCAUCAUCUCCCCGAUUUAAACAUCAAUGUAGCACAAAAUAUUGAUCUUAAUAUCAUUCCAAAUUCUCCACUGCAAUUUUCGUUUGACUUGAAUGUGCAACCAUUUGAUACAUGUUUGAAUGAAGAUGUCCAGGAGCAUAUUGAAAGUGAACAGUAUGAAGAAAAUUAUGCAGAAAAUAGCAAUGUACUACAUGAAGAUAUUGGAUUAGAAUCUACGGAGAAAAGUGUUGAUGGAAAAUUGAAAAGAGGAAUGACCAGCUUAGUGGCGUCGCAAUUUUCACUUCAUAUACGGUAUGUUCAACGUAUUUGGAAACUUGCCGAGAACAAAGGAGUGCAUGCUGAUGUGUCUAGUAAAAGGGCAGGAAAUUGUGGGCGCAAGAGAGUAGUAGACCUUGAUCGAGUUCGUGACAUUCCUUUGAAAAAAAGAACAACUAUUAGAGAUCUUUCUGAAGCAUUGGACGUGAGUAGGGGCACUUUGUCAAGAUGUAUUCGGUCAAAAGAAAUACGAAAAAACUCAAAUGCUAUAAAACCUGCAUUAACGGAAGGAAAUAAAGCUCGAUUACAAUUUUGCAUAUCAAUGCUUGAUAGUGCUAGCAUAGAUCAUGAUCCAAUUUUCAAGGGGAUGUAUAACACCGUUCACAUUGACGAGAAGUGGUUUUAUUUGAAAGAAAAGUCUAAGAAGUUUUACUUGGUCCAUGAUGAAGAAGAUCCAAUUUUCAGUUGUCAAAGCAAAAAUUACAUACCAAAAAUCAUGUUUUUAGUGGCCAUUGCUAGACCAAGAUUUGAUGCACAAGGAAAAGAAAUAUUCUCCGGGAAAAUUGGUGCAUUUCCCUUAAUAACAAGAGAGCCAGCUAGAAGGUCUAGUGUAAAUAGACCUGCUGGUACACUUGAGACAAAACCAAUACAAUUGAUUACUAGAAAUGUCAUCAAGAAAUGUGUGCUUGAGCAAGUUGUACCUUCCAUGAUGGAACUAUGGCCAAUUGAAGAAAGGGGUCAACCAAUAUUUAUUCAACAAGACAAUGCAAAAACACACAUUGAUUCUGAAGAUCAAGAUUUUCGUUGUGUAGCCUCACAAAAUGGAUUUGAUAUUCGUUUGGUGCGUCAACCACCAAACUCUCCUGAUUUAAAUGUUUUAGAUCUUGGUUUCUUUAGGUCAAUUCAAGCCUUACAACACAAGAAGUCUCCUAACUCUGUUGAUGAUCUUGUGGAUGCAGUUCAAAAGUCAUUUGAAGAGUAUGACACUAUCCUGUCAAAUCGUAUAUUUUUAUCACUUCAAUCAUGUAUGAUUGAAAUCAUGAAAGUAAAAGGUACCCACAACUACAAGAUUCCACAUAUGAAAAAAGAACAAUUAGAAAGAAGAAAGGAAUUGCCAACACAAAGGAAAUGUGAUAUUCAAUUGGUGCAAGAGGUUCUUAGUUAUUUAGAUCAAUAG